AGUGAGCGGGGCCCCGCCAUGGGCUGCGGGGGCAGCAGGGCCGAUGCGAUCGAGCCCCGCUACUACGAGAGCUGGACGAGGGAGACCGAAUCCACCUGGCUGACCAACACCGACUCCGAGGGCCCGCCGCAGGAGGGCGGCAGCGGCGAGGCCGGCGGCCGGGAGCAGGGCGCCCCGCGCCACGGUCUCCUGGAGGAUGGGAAGUCAGCCCAGACAGGUGCAGCUACAGCAUCAGCCACAACUGGAGCUCUGAACGUUGAGAAGAGGAACAACUGUGGCCCUCAGUGUGCAAACCCUGUGGUCCAUGGCAUGGGAGCUAUGACCCAGAGGCAGAACGGCUUCAGGACAGCCGAGAGCAAACGGGACCCCCAGAAGAUGUCCACGAAAGAAGUCACCAUUAAUGUCACAAAAAGCAUCAGACAAAGUGACAGGAGGAAAACAAAGAAUUGUGUCAAUUAACAGAGGAAAGCACAGGAUUGUUGACAGUGUUCCAGCACGUGGCAGCACCCAAGGAUUCCUGCAGCUACAGUGAGACAGCCUGCCUUCUGCUGGGAGGACUGGCCCACAGCUGAUGAGAAAUGGAAUCACUCAAAAGGAAGCAGACACUGGAUAAAGAAGAGGGAGGACUGACAGUUAGCAAUAGGCAAAUCGACCUUCAUGGACUCAGUGCAAUUUUCUCUUUCAGUAUUCCUUGUUCCUUAUGCUUCCUCAGCCUGCUCCAUCAUUUCACCAUUCCUGCAGGACAUUUACUGGAAGGCCUGCAAUUUUACCCUGUGGCAAAUUCUUUUUGUGCUGAAAAGUGAAAACCAAGCAGGAAAAUAUGAUGAUUGUGUAAGCAAUAUCUGAGUCCUGGGUUAAAUAUGCAUUCUUGGUAGCUAAAUGAAUGAGGUCACGUCCAAACCAGCUGUUUUUGAUCUUCCUAGUAUGCUCAUUUGCAUCUAUAGUCACAUGUGCAUGUCCUGCAUAUGUACAUUGCAUAUCUAAUGGAUUCAGUGUGCACUGCUGCUCUGCAGCUCAGGCAUGGGGGUUGUUGGGGUUUUUUUUGCCAGCCUUUCACUUGUGUUUUUCAUUCUGACUGCCAAGUGUAAAAUGUUUUAAUGUUUGAGCUGAAAGCUGGCUUUCCUGCCUGCUGAAAAGAAUGAGCUCUAUAAUUUGUGCACAGAGGUGGUGUUUGGAAAAAGCAGGCUUGGUUUUCUUUGGAAAUGAUGUCAGAAACCAGACUAACAGGAGCAUUUUUGUACUCUCCUCCUAUCUGCAGAUUAUUGGAGAU